GCACGCGCAAGGCAGUGUGGGACGAGCACGUGGUUGUUGUUGGUUGUUGGUGGUGGUGGCAGCAGCAGUGGCAGUGGCGAGACUGCGACGAUGGCGGACGACGAUGGGCAGGAGCAGACGAUCGCCGAGGACCUCGUGGUCACCAAGUACAAGAUGGCAGGGGACAUCGUGAACAAAAUCAUGAAGCAGCUGGUGGAAGCUGCCAAGGGUGGGGAGUCGGUGAGGAGUUUGUGCGAAAAGGGAGACAACCUGAUUGUGGAAGAGACGAAUAAAGUGUUUAAGAAGGAAAAAGAAAUAAAGAAAGGCAUUGCCUUCCCGACCUGCAUCUCUGUGAACAACUGCACCUGCCACUUCUCUCCACUCAAGAGCGAUCCCGACUGCACCAUGCAGAAUGGGGAUCUGGUCAAAAUUGACCUGGGAGUUCAUGUGGAUGGGUUUGUCGCCACGGCUGCGCAUACUUUCAUCCUUGGUGUUUCCAAGGAAAAUCCAGCCUCGGACAGGAAAGCGGACGUGGUCAAGGCGGCGUUCCUGUGUUCGGAGGCGGCAUUGCGGCUCGUCAAGGCUGGAACAGAGAACACUCAGGUGACUCAGAUGUGGAAUAAAAUGGCAACUGAAUUUAAAUGCACCCCCAUUGAAGGCAUGCUGUCCCACCAGCUGAAGCAGCACGUGAUCGAUGGGGAGAAGACAGUCAUCCAGAACCCCACUGACCAACAAAAGAAGGAUCAUGAAAAGGCUAGCUUUGAAGUACACGAGGUCUAUGCUGUGGAUGUCCUGAUCAGCACUGGGGAAGGCAAGGCCCGUGAGACUGGCCAGCGUACGACUGUGUUCAAGAGGAACCCCGACAAGCACUACAUCCUGAAGAUGAAGGCCUCGCGCGCCUUCCUCAGCGAAAUCUCCACCCGCUUCGACGUCAUGCCCUUCACGCUACGGGCAUUUGAGGACGAGAAGAAGGCACGCAUGGGGGUGGUGGAGUGCGUGAAGCAUGAGCUGCUGCAGCCUUUCCCCGUGCUCUACGAGAAGGAAUCGGAGUUUGUGGCCCAGUUCAAGUUUACUGUGCUGCUCAUGCCCAAUGGGCCACUGAGGAUCACUGCCAACCUGCACAACCCUGAGCUGUACAAGUCGGAGCUGGAGGUGCAGGACCCUGAACUCAAGGCGCUGCUGCAGAGUUCUGCCAGCAGAAAGGCCCAAAAGAAGAAGAAAAAGAAGGCUGCCAAAGGUGUGGCAGAUGCUGCAGAUGAGCAGGAGGUCGCAGAAGCAGAGUAAAAUGAACCUCUUGCCUCACCGUGUUCAAUGGUCGGAUUUGGACUACGUUCAACUUUGUAUUUUUGAAGUCCGGGAAAAAAAAAAUGUUUUUUUAUGACCGUAAACAAAUGCGGCCAGACCAAAUUAGUUUUUUUUGUUCUUUCAUUUCUUUUCAGUCCAAUUUUUUUCCUGAUUUUAAACACAAGCGUGUACUCUUAUGCAACGUUAUACAUGCUAAAAACGGAAUGUAGUUUUACCCUAUCUCAAGAAUUAAGUUUUAAGAGUUUUGCAUCAACUUGUGUUUUCUUUCUAUAAGGUUAAUUCAGUGACUUAUCCUACAAAAUGCUUACCCAGGCAUUUGUGGUUCCCUGGGUAGCAUGUCAUAUUUUAACUUGUCAUCAUCAGAGCAAUUUACAUUCGGUUAUACUUAAGAGCAUUUGUAAUGCACAUGUUAAAUGAUAACGUGUCAGAUGCUGUUUCCUUGUUUAGCUCAGAUCAGCCAUUGUGAUGAAAGUGAACAAAAUCAUAUCAAUGGGGGGGGGGGGGGGGGGGGGAGCUGUGUGAGAUACUUCCAAAAAGGUUUGUGUAUCUGUGGACCAUAUGGGGGACAACAUUGUAAUGCCCACAGCCUACUUGUUUCAACAAUUAAACAUGUUCAUGUCUUGCAUAGUUCUAAAUGCCCUACCUCCAUCUCUUCCUUAAAUUCUGGAAAACUCACCGCCACAUCCAGCAUGGUUUUUAAAAUGACCUUCCUGUAAUGACUCGUUCAGCUUGUUGAACCAUCAAAUGCCUGGUUUCAUUUGUUGCAGAAGGGGACUAGUAAUACUUUCAUUGCAGCAUUUUAAUUUGGUCAAGCACACUUUUCUUUGUAAUCUGCAAGGUGUACUAUGUUUUACAAACAAAGCUCAGUGUUUGAUUUUAAAAUUCAUUUGCAGGCAAGGGUUGUUAUUUAAAUGCUGAAUAAGUAAUUUUAGUAUUGAGACAUCGUGUUUGCUUUUGUGACCAGCUUCUGACCUGUGGAUAAUUAAAAUAAACUUUGAAUUUGCAACAAUGUAGGUAGUAUUUCCAUAUACCUUAUAGUUCAGUCUGAUAACUGUUAAGUUAAAUUACAUCAAUGUAAAACUUCUAACUUAUUUUGGGUAAACUGAUUGCUAUAACAAUAAAAGGGAAACACUGCUCAUAAAUCAUCCAAAAACAAAUUUGGUCUGGCCCAACAAUUGCUUUGCAACUCAGCAGAUAAUACCAGCAGACUGAAACACUUUUUAAAUAAAAUACCAUUGAUAAGCAUUUUGUUACCAAAUUAUUCUGUACUUUAUAGCGGCAUGCUUAAACCUCUUGUGAUGUGCCUCAGGUUUAUCCAUUUGAAUGGCCAGUGUGGAAUAAUAAAGGCAACGUGGACACCUA